GGAAUCGUAAGCUCUUGCGCAAAAUCGCAACUCGCACGUGUAGGUCUAUACGCAAGUGCCAGCUAAAGAAGUUUGGGAUUAGAAACUCGCUAUUCUCAGAUUUUACCAUUAAUCACAGUCGAUUAUUCACCAGUCUUGACGCCAGAGAACAGUGUAGGACAAUUCUGGAAGUUUUCAAAAUGCCGACCGACGUAGAAACAUUAAUGGAAAUGGGUUUCCCGGAAAAUAGAGCACAAAGAGCGCUUGCAGCCACUCAGUACAAAUCUGUCCAGGUGGCAAUGGAUUGGUUGUUUGCUCACAGUGAUGACCCAGAUAUUGAUGAACCGUUCCAGGCUCCAGAGGGACACAAACUUGGAGGCGACACUAGUCAAGGUACUGGUGAGGGCGGAGACAGUAAGUCAGGGGAGGAGGAGGUCCCGACAGCAGAAGGUGCACCAGUGCAGGCCAAGUCGCUCAAAUGUGAUGAAUGUGGAAAGAAGUUGAGAACACCAGAAGAUGUCCAAGUUCAUGCGGCUAGAACAGGGCACGGGAACUUUUCCGAAUCAAUUGAGGAAAUCAAACCACUAACGGCAGAGGAGAAACAGGAACAGAUGCUAAGGUUACAAGAAAAAAUGAAACAGCGACAGAAGGAGAAGGCAGAACUGGCAAAGAAGGAGGAAGUGGAGAGAGAAAAACUCCGGCGGAAAAAGGGGAAAGAUCUUGUCGAGGCCAAACACAAGAUGGAGAUGGAUGAAGUCAAGAAGCUAGCUGAACUGAAGAAACGAGAGAAACAGGAAGAACGCCUUGCAAGACAAAAAGUAAGAGAGGAGAUUGAGAGAGACAAGCGCGAGAGAGCAGCGAGAUACGCCAAGACGUCUGCGGAGACGACGCACCCUAAGCCAGCCACACAACCCACUGCACCCCAGCAACCAGCAGCACCCAAGAAAGAGUACGACUCCACCAGGCUUCAGAUCCGACUACCCAACGGCUCGGCGCUCACCAACUCAUUCGGAGUCUCGGAGCAACUGGCCGCGGUCAGACUCUUUGUUGAGGUCAACCGCAAGGACGGCAGCAACGCUCCCUUCACCCUCAUGACCAACUUCCCUAAGAAGGUCUACACGGAAGAGGACAUGGAAAAACCACUCAAGGAACUAGGUCUGGUGCCUUCUGCUGUUCUAAUGGUGACCAAGCCAACAUCAUGAUGGUCGGCCCCUGCACUCGUAUUUAAGCAUCUAGACAAUGUGCUUUCUUUGGCCCUUGUUAGAAAAAGAUUCGGAUGCGAAGCUUCGGUCUGACUGUUGAACUUUACCAGAUAACAUUUAUAAGAGAGGUUAAGUUACAAGUUUUCUCAAGAACGUCCACGUCUAGGACAUGUAGGACCUGCCUUGCAUCAUGGAUUCGCCCGGAGCGAGAACGUCACCAAAAUAUGCGUUGGCAACACACAUACAACUGCUGGCUUGCCGUACCCAAUGCCAAACGAGUGAUUUUGGUGUUCCUCGUAAUGUGAAGCAAAGGGAGGAAAAACCUCUUUAUUUGCAAAAUGUUAAAGACCGAUUAGGAAGUUUUAUCACAGGUCAAAUAAACUACUAUCACAGUCAGUAGGCUUGAGAAGAUCGUCUCAUUUAACUGAAAUUUUUUUUUCAACGUUUUUAAAAAAUUUCGCAUACACAUUCUUUUUUUAAAUUUCACGUAGCCGAACAGGAAUGCGAAGCUCCCAUUACGCGUACCCAUACGGGUUUAGCAAAAUGCGUAACUUAACCUCUCUGGUAUUAACCCUGAACCUCCAAGAUUCUCCAAAAUCCACAAAAAGGUUCUUGAGGAUUUUAAGCCAUUAGUCUCUGUACCACCCUAAAGUUCCCUGCCUGUUACUCUUUAUAUUGCCCCCAAAUCACCCCAGCACUCUAUGGUUUUAUGGAUUCACCAAGGAGUAAAUACAAUGUAGCACAGUGUAGUACAAUGUAGUACAGUGUAGUACAAUGUAAUACAUUUGCUAAUGGGUUAUUAAGCAAGGUACAGCCUGGCCAGUGGUACAUUACAUGGGGCUUGAAGCCUUCGAUUACUCUACAAAGAAUUUAACAUUGGUUUGCAUGGAGAGUGGAGGAUUUUGGAGGAUUGAGGAAGGCUCCUAGCAAAAAUGCCCAUGAAGUAAGGGUUAACAGAUGUGAACCUGGGCAGCGUACCAGCAGUCCCAGGAUA